UAAUGUAUUGAUAUCGUGAAAUUAAUGCUGCUUUUGUGAUUUUACUUGUCUUUAUAUGUCGUCUUACUUCUUUAUUAUUUUUUCCAUGCGGCGUCAACACUGACAAAAAUAAAUUUUUGGUGUUCACAUCAUAGCAUCAUGGAAAAGUUGAUAAACUGUUUCAAGAAAAAGCCAGAUGCUGUUGCUAGGUUAAUCUGCUUCCCUUGGGCAGGUGGGGGCUCCAUCCAUUACUCAAGAUGGGGAAACGUCCUUAGCAGCCCCAUUGAAGUUUUUUCUGUGAAACUUCCUGGACGAGAAAGCCGGAACAAAGAACCUUUCUUUGAGAACAUGCAGCAAAUUGUGGAUGAAGUUCUUCACGCGUUAUUGCCACUUCUCAAAGAGAAGCCGUUUGCUCUCUUUGGCCACAGUUUUGGUGCCUACACAAGCUACGCUGUUGCAGAAGCCUUGAAAAAACUCCACGACAUUGAACCAGUUCACAUCUUCCUCUCUGGUGCAUCUGCACCCUACUCAGAAACUCGCAUCAAAGCCCCGAAGAGAAGCGAUUUAACAGAUGAUGAUUUUCUCAAGUGGCUGAUUUCGAUUGGAGGAACUCCGCCAGAAAUACUUGCUAACUCGGAAGUACUGAAACUCUUCCUUCCUGCGCUAAAGGCUGAUUUACAUGUUGCUGAGAAUUACAAGUGUAACAAGCCAGUAAUUCCAUUCCUGACUUGUCCAGUUUCAUGUUUUGAUGGGAAGGAUGACAGUCCACAUGAUUUGCAAGCAUGGAAAGAAAUCACAACAGGAGAUUUCAACAUCAGAAUGCUGAAUGGGUCACAUUUCUACCUUAAGGAUCCCGAAAAUGAAAGUAUAAUCUUAGACUAUAUUACAAAACACAUCGAAACAUCAGAAAUGGACUAUUUGUGAUGAAAAAUGUCAAAACAACCAAUCAAAAAUGACAAAGUCAUACUUUUUCUUCGGUUUUUAUUUCCAAAUAUCUAUAACCGGGUCUGAACAGUCCAAUAUUUAACAUUGCUUAGUAGGGGUGUGACAAUAUAUCAAAAGGUUGAUGUACAGUCAUGUGAAAAAAUUAGGACACCCUAUGGAAGCCUGUGUUUUCUAACAUUUGGUCAAAUGGAUAUUUAACAUCAUUUUGAACAAUCUUGAAAGAUUCAAGUAUAGAACUAAAGAAUUAAAACUAAAAAAAGAUUUUCUAUAACUUUCUGUAAAAUGUUAUUUUAAAUAAAUGCAAUUUCUGUUAAGAAAUAAAUUAAGACACCCCCAGAUUCAAUCCCACCUAAAAUGGCUAAAAUCACACACAGGUGUAUCACAUCAGGUGCACAUGAUUAGAACAUCAUUAACCAGUGUUUUGAAGGAGGCUUGCCUCAUUUAAACCUUCCAUUUAGUUUGGUGUGCUCCUGACUCCUGUUGAAGUGAGAAAAAACACCAUGGUGAGAUCAAAGGAGUUGUCUGAGGCCUUCAGAAAGAAGAUUGUAGACGCUUAUGAGUCUUGGAAGGGAUUUUUAAAAAACUCAAAAGAAUACAAAAUCAGCCAUUCCACUGUCCGGAAAAUAUAACUGCCAACAUGCUCAAGUCUGGCUAUCCAUGCAAGUUCACCCUGAGAGAAGGCCGCAAAAUGCUAAAAGAAGUCUCCAAAAAACCUAAAAUGUCAUCAUGAGACCUACAGCUGGCUCUUGGUAGUGUUGAUGUGAAAGUGCAUGCCUCUAAAAUCAGAGACUUCACAAGUUUAACCUUCACGGGAGGUGUGCAAGGAGGAACACCUUUGCUGUCCUAGAAGAACAUGAAGGCCAGACUGAAGUUUGCCAGAAUGAAUGUAGACAAAGACCAGGACUUCUGGAAUAAUGUUCUUUGGACAGUUGAAUCUAAAAUUGAAUUAUUUGGACACCAGAACAGGACAUGUGUGGCGUGAACCCAAUGCAGCAUUCCAGGAAAAGCACCCCAUACCAACUGUGAAGCAUGGAGUUGGAAGUGUCAUUGUUUGGGGAUGCUUUGCUAAAGCAGAACCUGUCCAGCUCACCAUCAUAGAAUCCACCAUGAAUUCUAUCAUGUAUCAGAGGGUGCUUGAAGAGCAUGUAAGAUCAUUUGUAAAAAUUCAAACUGAAGUGAAACUGGACCUUGCAACAUGACAAUGACCCAAAACAUACCAGUAGAUCCACCUGAAAAGGAAGCGAGUCCAGGAAUGGCUGAGUCAAAACCCAGAUUUUAAUCCCAUUGAGAUGCUGCGGGGUGACUUGAAACGGGCCCUCAAACAUCUCACAGCUGAAAGUAUUCUGCGUUGAGGAGUGGGGCAAACUUUCUUCAAACCGAUGUCAAAGACUGGUAGAUGGCUACAAAAAGCGUCUCACUGAAGUUAUUUCAACCAAAGGGGGUAACACUAGGGUGACCAUAUAUUGAUUUCCACUAUAUCACUUUAAUAUAUUUAAAGUGUGCCCCCUCACUCUGGAUGGAAAAAUGCAGUUUGAAAAAAAACCCAAUAAAUAUAUACAUAAUGCAGACCCAUUGAAAUGUAUUCCAGUCAAUACACAUACACACAGUAGGCUAUGUGCCAACUAAACAUUUUUAUAAAUUACUAUCACGACAAUUGUCCUUGACGAAUUGUUAUUCCCAGUCAAUUGAUAUUCUCAUUCAAUGUUCUAGAUUGCACACAAACAAUAACCGAAAUAAACUGACAAACAAUUCAACCACCAUGUUUCCAAACGUAGCAGUUCAAAACUCGUUUCCCAUAAUGCCUAGCGUGGUUUAGCUUACUGAUAGCUAGCUGAGGCAAAAAACAAACUUUUGCUAUAAAAGUUUAAUCAUCGGCAGCGCAACGAUGCGACACCAAACGGGAUUUUACAGUCAAAGCUCCGACAGAAGUCAACAGUUGCCAUGAUAUACGUAUUUAUUGUAAAAAACUUAACAACUGGGCAGGCGUUGUGGCCAAAUCGUCAACCCAGUAGAUGGCAGUAAUGGCUCAUGAUAGGGGUAAACUGCCAACAAAAACAAGAAGAACUACUCCUUCCCUCCCUACUAAUAGGAGCCAUGUCAUCGCAGGCAGGCGCUGCCACCCAGCGGCCGGAGGGAUUCUCUUCAAAUUGGUCCCGUGAAAAAUCAUAAAAACCGGACAUUUUUAUGAAUUUAUAAAACCCGCACGGACGACGAGGAUACUACGUGAAAGUAGGUCUUGUCCAGGCAAAAGAGGACGUUUGGUCACCCUAGGUAACACUAGCAAUUAAGUGGUAGGGUGUCCUAACUUUUUCCUCAGUUAGAAUACGCAUUUUUGUCGAUAUAUUUGGUUUAAUGAGUAAAACAAUGUUAAUUUUUGUUGUUCACCUGCAAUUAAAUCACUUUCUUUUCCACAGAUAAAGAAAAACAAGAUCAGACAUUGAUAGGUGAACAUUUCUCAAUAAAGAAUUGAACAUGAUGGGGUGUCCUAAUUUUUUCACAUGACUGUAUACUUUGUAGCCAAUGUUAUUGUUAUCGUUAUGCUCACCAAAAAUCAUUUAAAAAGUUGUCACUGUUUAAAACAAAACAAAAAGUACAACAAGUUGCUUCCAAAAUAUUCUAUUAAAAUAGUGUCUACGUUCGCUGCCAUUGGUGGCGGUAGACAUUGUGAUUGGAUUGGACGUUUACCGCCGUCGAAGGCACUAAAACCAGAGCAUGUCCUGAGGGCAUUUACAGGUCACUUCUAGUUCAUAUUAGGGCGUUUACUGGUUACUGUUGAUUUUCAAUAACUCUUUUAAGUACAUUUUUCCUUUUCAGUAUCCCAAAAUCAACAGGAAAUGAUGUGAAAUGCCCCAAAAUGAACUCAUUGACCAGCAUUGGCUGGCACUGACGGCUAUAGACGUCCAAUUCGUUUGAAGUGGGAGGGAUGGCAGCGAAUUAACAUUCGUUCAUUCGCUGCCACCCUCCCAGUUCAAACGGAUUGGUCGUCUACUAGUGUUAAACUCACAUCAGAAACCUUGUUUUUCAGUUUAUUGGUUGUUUUGCCGAAUAUCCUAGAAUGACCAAUGUCUCGAUAAUUGUAUCAUCGUUAUCGUGAGCUUUGUAACGCAAAUCGUAUCGCAUCGCGAGGUACCCAGAGGUUCUCACCCCUAUUGCUAAAUCUUAGAAGCUAGCAAAUAACCGUUUUUUAAACUAAAAAUCAGAUAUUUAACAUUAAUUCUUCUAUAUAUUUACAAAACGGCUUCAUUAUCAAGGCAGCUUGUUUUUUUUUUUUUUCAAUCUUCAAGUUUCAUUCUGGCUUGUGUGUUGACGACAACCCUGACAAAAACAUUUUAUGCUAGUCUUCACGUCAAUUCCAUGGAUUACGUAUAAAUAAAAAUCUGUACAUACUACAUAUCUUGAAAAACAUCUUGACCAUGUGUUAUUCGGGAAAAUGGCUGUGCGCGGGUCAAAAUGUCAAGUGGGUUUCACUGAAAAAACAGUGCAAACUUUGAGGUAAUGUUUUAGGUUAACUCUAGGAGUUUUACGGCGUUGAUGGCGGCCGGAAUUCUUUGUCUUUUUCGUCCGAAACGGCCUCGUCGGCUUGCGUGAAGGAGUCCGUCGAGCGAGUGCUAAUACGUAGCGGCGCUAGGCGGCGCAGGUUGCUGGGCGUCCACGGAAGUCGGACUUGGGCGCGUUGUGACGGCGCCACCGUGGUGCUAUCUAGCUCGGCUUCUUCUAACCAAGGCGGGAUUUGCAUUGGUGCCGUCAAAUCCAGGUCCGGCAUGAAGGCUGGAUUCUCAAUCCCGGCUAGAAAAUGAGGAAUUUGUUUGUACGUGUCUGGAGAUUAGUUAAAUCUUGACGUGUUGAAUUUUUUCGUACCUCCUACGGUGUAAUUUAGCCGCAUUGCUAGCGAAUCUCUCGAGGCUUCGUAACCGGAUGCGCUGUCGCCUUCAGAAAACUCAAAAUCUGCAUGAAAAAAUGGUUGAGAACUUGUGAGAAUAUUGAUAGUUUAUGACAUUUAAUUGUUUUUUUGUACGAACCUUCAUCGCCAGAAUGGGAGCUUCUGCUUUUCUCAGAUGAUUUUCCAGAAGAUGUCUGUAAUACAUGAAAAAAUGUUUAAUUUUUUUCAUGAACAAAUUAUUUUUUAAAAUCUUUUCUCAGUCCCUGCCAUGUACAGCGCUUGAUGUCCAAUUAACGUUUAUCCUCACAAGGGUUGCGGGGGUGCUGGAGCCUAUCCCAGCUAAUAAUGGGUGGGCGACACCAUGAACUGGUUGCCAGAUAGUCACAGAUAUGUAUAUGGCGGAAAACACAGACAAGACUGAAAAAGCAAUUUCUGCUCUUGCACCCCUCUUUAGAAUAAACUGCUGUAUUUUAAGCCAAAAGAUGUGUUGUGUUUGAUGGAACAAUAUAUAUGCUGCCAUAGCAGACUCAUGGCGUACUAGGCCUCCAAACUAUUUUUAAUUUGUCUGUUUUACCCUGAAAACCCCCGUUUACAGACGUCGCGCAACCGCUUGUUUCAACCUAGCCAUAAAAAGAAGGUAAGUAAUUAUAUUUAUUAUUCAAAAUGUCUGUCAUUUUUAGCUUAUGAGGUCUAAUAUAUAGUUUUAAAAAAAAAAAAAACAACUUCAAAAAAUUAUUCAUUUGCAUAUUUGAAACUUUUAAACGAAUACCCCAACACGGCCUGACCUUUUGUUGCUGAUCUUUCUUCUGGUGUUUCGUUAUCGUCUUUGGAGGCGCAACUCCCAUCUUGGCAGACUUGAAGGACUCCAAGCGACUUCUCAUCGUCCUCUGGAAGAUCUCCUGUACCUCGUUUUCAUCUUUGUUGACCUCAAAAUGACUGCGACUGUACCUGUGACGGUGCUGGAACGUUGAAAUUGUGCAUUAGUCGUUUCGUUCACGGUCCGAUUCGUUGUUACGGUGAUUAGAAAGCGCUACCUGUUUCCUGCCUUUGUAUAAGUGUUGCUGCAACAAAUGGUGGCUACUGAUGUCUUCUGCUUCUCUUACACCUUUUAUAGACUGUUCAUGC